CUGUCCGUCGUGUUGCUGAGAGUAGUCCUCUUUUCCAACUUGCCCUGAUAUUUCAAAUAUUUCGUGAUUCAUUACCGUCUUUCUUCAACAGGUUGUCUCUAAUUUAGAUCAGCAAACUUCGUGACUGCUGCGUUAGUGAAAUUCAAGUGGACUUGCUACUAAAAUACUGAUAUUUUCAAUGUUAUUUAACGGGAAUCGCUAAAAUACUUACACGUAUUAAAGUGAAACGAAUAAGAAAUGAAAAUAAGAGAGAUUCUUACACGAGUUUGUCAGUAAAUCUGAAUGAAUCAGAAUCGUUGCUUCGGGUGAUAUGGAAGAACAUUGAAUAUAACUGAUAAAAGGCUACGAAUAAUUUCGAAUCUUGAAAGGACAAUUUUCCAAUGAGGAUUAAGGAGAAUAUAAUGUCUACAGCCUGAUAUUUUCAGACUCGUCUUGCCUUGGCAGAUGAUCAUACAUAUUGACAAUGACGAAAUUUUAUGUAAUAUUUCUUUUAAUAUGUGCGUCUACCGCCGACGUGUCUAAUGAUUGCGACGAUCCUAACUGGCACACGUUGGAAACGUUGGAGAGCGCCAGAUUGGAAUGUGGACCGUUUUUUAAAAAUCGUUGUUACUGUAUGAGAACAUGUUACGAGCACCAUCAUCAAUAUGUUGUUAACUGCACUAAUUCGAAUUUUCUUAACACUGAACCACUGGCACACUUACCGAAUGAAACACAAGUGCUAAUUUUUACCGGAAACUAUCUUGAAGAACUUCCAUGGAACGUAUUUGGCACCCUGGAUAGUUUACCUGAUCUAAGAGUAAUCGAUAUGUCCAGGAACAAAAUUCGUGAAAUUCGAGGAAAAGCGUAUCACCACGUUCAACGGGUGGAACGACUGAUUCUAGAUUUUAAUGAAUUAUCCUUAGAUCCUGCAAAAAACCAUCCCAGAGUGUUCUCCAAUUUUGUAUCCCUUUUGGAACUCCACUUAACUGAUGCUUUUGAGGAUGACCCACCAAAUCUUGCAGCUAUGUUACAUAAUAUUUUUGUGAAUAGUAAUUUAACACAACUAAUAAAAUUACAUUUGGAGCAAAAUGAAAUAUCAGAGUUUCAUGAUUCCAACGUUUUCUGUGAUCUACCAAAUCUUUUGGAUCUCUAUUUAGGUGACAAUGCACUGACAGCUCUGCACUUUAACAUUUCAUGUCUCCGCAAUCUUCGAUUCUUGGAUCUCCAACGAAAUAAAUUUAAGAGAAUUCUUGAACGUGAUUUGCACGCGAUGGACACGAUCGUUAAGCACAAUCAACAGAUAGUAGUGGACUUCACCGGAAAUCCGUUAGACUGUUCCUGUAAACUCAAUCCAUUUAUUAAAUGGAUGAAGAAGACUAAAGUAUUUGUUCGCAAUAAAAACAAUUUGAAGUGUUAUAAAGGUGAUACACCUCAUGAACUUCACGAGACAAAAAAUUGCACGCCAAAAUUGUUCUCAUCAGCUUCACGCAGCGCAACCGCCUUACUAUUCUUUCUUUCAUUAGUGUUGAUAGGCCUUGUAUGCGCUUUGAUAUACCUUCAACGUGCAAAACUACAGAAAAAAAUCGAGCCUAUAUUGGAUUCUGUGAACAAAAGGGUGCGGUACACUUCAAUAGCGACUGGUGAUAAUCGCGAAGAAACAAUUAUUGUCUUUCAGAAUUUCUUAGCCACUAAAAAAAAAAUGUCGUUAACCAGGCGGCUUCAUCUCGACGAAAUUGUCACAUCAUUUCCAGAGUUAGGGCCCACAGUACCUGACGGUGGCUACUCAUGGAUUGUUCUAUCUGGAGUAUUUUUGGUCCAGAUGACAAUUCCAAGUAUUUUUGCAAUGUAUGGAAUAGUACUGGCUUACAUACAUGAAAACAAUACUAAUAACUCUGAUAUAUUAAGUGAGAAAAUUAUGUUGACACCAAUACUGUUUACUGCUUUCUGGAAUUUAUCAGAUCCUUGGGCAAAAAUGAUUGUGAGUAUGUCAUCAAUUCCUCGCUUGGUAGGAGUAAUAGGAGUGAUUUUAUUAGCAGUUGGAACCAUAGCAUCGGCAUACCUUGCAACAGGUGGAGUCGGUGCAUAUUUGACCAGUGGCAGUGCAGGUGCAGUAAUGGGAAUAGGCGCUAGUUUUGUCGUCUUACUGAGCGAUUACGUUCUGCGAAAAUAUUUUCGGAAGAAGCUUCUUUUAGCGCUAACAGUGAGAAACAUUGCAACUUCAUUUGGUCUUGUACUCGUUCCAAGCAUCACAUAUUUACUGUUAUACAAAGCCAGACUGAAAUCUGGUCUCCAAUUAAUGACCCUUAUACUACUGCCUGCUACUCUUGGGACAUUAACUUUUAGGCUGCCUACUCAGCAACAAACUCCUUACAGUCUUCUCCUUUCAACCGAAGACACCGAACUUCCCAUAAGAAUCUCUUCAGAUGUUUCUAAAAGCGAACAGCAAUUAAGUAAUCAAGAUGAGAUAGAAAAUUCAGAAUACGGUCAAACCGAUGAAAGAAUACAACACGGUGGAGGAUUAUUGAAUGAAGGAAGUAACAUGUAUGCUUACGAAGAUCUGGAUGAAGACGUAGAUUUAUUUGUUAAUCCAGUUAGUCACUCAAACAGUAAUUGGAAGUAUCAGCUUUGUGCUCUAAAGAACUUCAGAUUGUGGGCUGCAAUUGUUGGCUGGAUCGGAAUGAAAGCGUCUACUCUCUAUUUUUUGAUUCUAUUUCCUCUACUCAGUAGUAGAAUCGUAGAUGAUCCUUACAUUUGGAUGCCGUUAUUUAUUACAGCAAGCUUUGCUACUUUUCUACCAAAUCUGAUCAGUUAUAAAAUAUUAAAAGCCACCAGUCAGAAUAGAAGAUUGUAUUUUGGUACAGCAUCUUGGAUUUGUGGUACGAGUUUAAUAGGUAUAAUUUACGCGAAUAGUUACUCGUGGAUGCUGAUUUGUGCCCUUUUAGGUGGUAUUAGUAUUGGUAGCUUGUUAAGUUGCCAAGAUUUAGCUUUGUACGAUGUUCUCGGUGUUGAAACAAUGCAUUCUGCUCAUAGAGGAUUAUCAACCAUCGUGGGUUUAUGUAUACUGAUCUUUUGUUUCAUACACAACAUAACCAUCUGUUUGAGUGUUACAGCGCUCUUACAAUUUCUCGGUGCACUUUAUUGGAUCUCCUCACCUGUGCUGAACUUAAUUAAAGAAACACAGUAUAGAUCAUUUCACACGAUGAGCAGAACAAGUUGAGACGAAACAUGAUAAAAACAAUUUUACAUUUAAGAAUAAUAAUUGUACCUUAUAUUUUAUCUUAACGAUAUGUACAGACGUUUAUAUUAAUCACAAUAAUCUGUUAUCUAAAAAUAAAAAUAGUACAUAUAUAGGUAUAUAAAAUCGUAAAAAUAGACAUUUUAUAGAAAUUAAAAAAUAGGCGACGAAUAUUGUCUAAUAUAAAAGGAAUAAAUAUUUCACAGUAAUAUCUCGAAUGAUCUUUAUAGAUUCUCGUUUUAAUUUUUCCAUACUCUUAUCUUAGUUAUAUUAAAAAUAUUUUGAAAUGCAAUUUACUCGGUUCUAAGAGGAAUAUGUUACACUCUGGAAAUGUUAACAGUAAUUUAUUUCUUUUUAGACUAAGUUUCAUUUAAAACAUUUCGCUUAUAAUAUUAAGUAUUCAUAUUAAUUCGGUGCGAUACGAUUUCUUAAUUACUAUUUGAAAUAUUCCCGUAUUUCCCGUAUAAAUGUCUUUUGAAAAAUAUUUCAAAGGAUUUCAAGAUAAAAACGUGGAAAAAUUAAAAUGGAAUACCCUGUACAUACAUAUACAAAUAAAAUACAUAAUUUUGUAAUGCAUGGUGA